GAGCGCGGAAAGCGCUGGAAGGGGAGGACGCUGGAGGGGGGGCGUUAAGGGGCGCAGAACUACCCGGCGCGGGCCGGGCCCCAGUUAUGCCUUCGGCCCCAACCGCUGUGGCUCCGCCCUCACCCCCAGGUCCGCAGCCCCGCGGCCGCAGCGAGCGCCCCUCGCCCCUGCCUCAGGGCUUAGGACAGAGAAACUCGGGGCUCUGCGGGCGCGCAAACUACCCGGCGCGGGCCGGACAGGCGCGGGACCACCGCCUCCUCUCCUCUUCCUCCUCCCGAUCCUCCUCCCCUCGCAGCUCCUCCUUCUCCUCCUGGCCGGGCGGAGGUGGCUCUUGGGGACCGGGGAGGGGCGGGGCCGGGCAGGCCCAGAAAAUCGGGUGCGAGACUCCGGCACCGGCACCAGCGUAGGCGAUGGCGGCGCGCAGCCUGGGCCGAGGCGUGGGGCGGCUGCGGGGCGUCCUGGCGCGAGCGAGGGGCGGGGCCCCCGCGGUGUCCCCCCAGGCCCGGGCAUCCUCGUACCCUGCGCAACGCGAGCAGGCGGCUCUGGAGCCCGCCACUUUCUGGGGGUCCCUCGCGCGCGACUCGCUGGUGUGGGACACACCCUACCACACAGUCUGCGACUGCGACUUCGGCAGCGGCAGGAUCGGCUGGUUCCUGGGGGGCCGGCUCAACGUGUCGGUCAACUGCUUGGACCAGCAUGUCCGGAAGGCACCUGAGAGUGUCGCUUUGAUCUGGGAGCGUGAUGAACCUGGCACAGAAGUGAAGAUCACCUACAGGGAGCUGCUGGAGACCACAUGCCGCCUGGCCAACACGCUGAAGAGGUAUGGAGUCCAGAGAGGGGACCGUGUGGCCAUUUACAUGCCAGUGUCCCCAGUGGCUGUGGCAGCAAUGCUGGCCUGUGCCAGAAUUGGAGCUGUCCACACAGUUGUCUUUGCUGGAUUCAGUGCAGAGUCCUUGGCUAGGAGGAUCAAUGAUGCCAGGUGCAAGGUGGUCAUUACCUUCAACCAAGGACUCCGGGGUGGGCGCGUGGUAGAGCUGAAGAAAAUAGUGGACGAAGCUGUGAAGAACUGCCCGACCGUCCAGCACGUCCUGGUGGCGCACAGGACAGAAAACAAGGUCCCCAUGGGGGAGCUUGAUGUCCCUCUUGAGCAGGAGAUGGCACAGGAGGCCCCUGUGUGCAUCCCAGAAAGUAUGGGCAGCGAGGACAUGCUCUUUAUGCUGUACACCUCAGGGAGUACGGGGACACCCAAGGGACUGGUGCACACCCAGGCGGGCUACCUGCUGUAUGCUGCCCUGACACACAAGCUUGUGUUUGACUAUCAGCCAGGUGACGUCUUCGGCUGUGUGGCAGACAUUGGCUGGAUCACGGGGCACAGCUACGUGGUAUAUGGACCCCUCUGCAAUGGUGCCACCAGUGUCCUAUUUGAGAGUACCCCAGUUUACCCCAAUGCUGGUCGGUACUGGGAGACAGUGCAGAGGCUGAGGGUCAAUCAGUUCUAUGGCGCCCCAACUGCCAUCCGGCUGCUCUUGAAGCUCGGGGAUGUCUGGGUGAAGAAGUAUGACCGCUCAUCCCUGCGCACCCUGGGCUCGGUGGGUGAGCCCAUCAAUAAUGAGGCCUGGGAGUGGCUGCACAAGGUGGUGGGGGAUGGCAGGUGCACGCUGGUGGACACCUGGUGGCAGACAGAGACUGGUGGCAUCUGCAUUGCACCCCGGCCCUCAGAGGAAGGGGCUGAAAUCCUCCCUGGCAUGGCCAUGAGGCCCUUUUUCGGCAUCCUGCCCACUCUCAUGGACGAGAAGGGCAACGUGGUGGAGGGUGACGAUGUCUCUGGGGCCCUGUGCAUUGCCCAGGCCUGGCCAGGCAUGGCUCGGACUAUCUAUGGCGACCACCAGAGAUUUGUAGAUUCCUACUUCAGGGCCUACCCAGGCUACUACUUCACUGGAGACGGGGCUCACCGCACCCAGGAUGGCUACUACCAGAUCACAGGGCGCAUGGAUGAUGUCAUCAACAUCAGUGGCCACCGCCUGGGCACCGCAGAGAUCGAGGAUGCCAUGGCUGACCACCCUGCCGUGCCGGAGACUGCUGUUAUUGGCUACCCCCAUGACAUCAAAGGAGAAGCCGCGUUUGCCUUCAUCGUAUUGAAGGAUGAGGCUGGUGAUGUGGAUGUGGUGGUGAAUGAGCUCAAGUCGGCGGUGGCCACCAAGAUUGCCAAAUAUGCCGUGCCUGACCAGAUCCUGGUGGUGAAGCGUCUUCCCAAAACCCGCUCUGGGAAAGUCAUGCGGCGGCUCCUGAGGAAGAUCAUCACAAGUGGAGCCCAGGACCUGGGGGACACCACCACCCUGGAGGACCCCAGCGUCAUCCAGGAAAUCCUGAGUGCCUUCCACAUGCACAAAGAGAGGCGGGCAGCCACCAAGUAGGAUGCGGCCUCCACCCAAGCUCAGACCUCAUCCCAGUGAGCCCAGGCCUCACCUGCCUCCCAGGACAUCCCAGCCCAGAAUCCACACCCUCAAUGUGUGAAUGAAGCCAGCCUGGAGCCUCUCUUCCUUCCUGGGGCCCGGAGUCUGACCUGCCAGGGUGCCAACACACACGGUAGUUUCUGUGCUGCUUGCCUGGGCUCGGUUUCCAGGCCUGGACUUCAGCAGCAUCUGCAGCCCAGAGCUGGGGCAACCCCAUUUCUUCAGAGGUUUCCAGAGACAAAAGCUGAGGCUUUUGUCUGAGGUGAGGGUACACACACACACACACACACACACACGUACUAUAGCAGAGUCAGGGAAAUCUCUGCCUACAUCAGUGAGAAGGGCCCGCUCUCCAGCACCUGUUAGCAAAUCUGGAAAUCUGGUCAGAUGUCUGUGCCCCUGUCUGUCUGCUGUCCUGAGAACUUUGUGCCCGUGUCCCAUGUCUGACCUUCCUGACCUUGGUCUGUGUCAUCUCAGAAUGAAUGAUACCUGACCCCCGAGCUCUGAAGCUAUUCUGGGUGGAUUUGUUCCUUUGAGCUGUGACCUGGCAGGAUUUGCUUUCUGCUUGAUGCCUCUCGGGAGAAAGUCAGGGAAAACUCAGGUGAAUGUCAGGGCAGCUUGGUCUGAACUGGGCUCCUGUUCUGGGGUCCGGAAGAGCCAGAGGCCCCAGUGUAAGAUAUGCACCCUGUUCCGGGGUCCCCCUUUUCAAUGUGCCUUAAGUCCCAAAGAUCACAAUGUGAUGUGGGUCAGGUCACUCAGUGCUCAUUGAGAGUCAAGACUGAGAGCAUGGGGCAGGUGGAGGCUGAGCCCCUGUGCACCCCGUUUGGGUGUUCAUGGGGUCUGGGUGCCCCAUACCUGCCAGGGCCUUGCUGUGGUAGCUCUGGGCAAUUGGGUGAGCGCGAGGAGACUCACGGUAGCAGAGGCUGCAGUACGCACAACACUGAGCAACAGUGCUCGUUACCACUGGUGAUGUUGAGCCACGCACUGGGCCACAGAAGAGCCAUGGCGCUGUUAUGAAAUGACUUGGGUCUCUGGCUCUCUAGUGGUCCACAAGGUUGUUCAAAUAAAGCUUUAUUUUGUUCAUUCUCCA